AUGUCAAAACCGGGACCACAACAAAUGCCGCAUCAGCAGGGAAAACUGAUAAUGGUGAAUCAUCAUCAGAGAACGACGACGCCCGACGGAUCGCAAGUCUAUCUACUCCAACCGACGCCACAGGGACAGAAUCACGGGAGACCGGUACAAUUCAUUCCGGUUCAAGUGCAAGCGAAUCCAGUGGCUGAGCAACAGCAACAACAACAAAAGAAACAAUCGAUAAUGAUGCAGCAGAUGAUGCAGCAGCCGUCGGGAUCGUCUCAACAACACCAGCAACAGCAACAGCAUCAUGGAAUGGAAUCGCUGGAUCAAGCGAUGGAUCAGGUUGGAUCGGGAAUCAGUCAUGGGACCAAUCAACACGUCCAGCAGGUCCAACAAGUACCCCAACGACGAGAGCCGCUUCCGAUUGCACCCGCCGGCAUGGUCAGAGCGCCAAUCAAUGGGGGCGGAGCUUCGACGUCGAAUGGCGGCGGAGGUGGAGGAGGAGCGGCUGCACCUGCGAUGGCAGCCAUGGGUGGACAACAGAGAAUCACGUUAGGAAACCUUCACUUCCAACAAGAUCCGAACGAUCCACAAAAAUGGAUCAUCACCAACGAGGGACCACCGGCGCCGACGCCUCCGGUUCAGGCUAGAAAGAACCCCCCACAACACCGUCCCCAACAACAAAUGCAACAGCACCAGAUGGGCGACGAGACGAUGAUGAACAUGUCGGCGGAAUACGAUUUGAAUGGGACGGGACUCGGCGGAGAGGCGCCGAAACGAUGCGCAUGCACGUGUCCCAAUUGUGUACAGAAUACUAGGCAAGGCGACGGAAAAUCGCGAAUCCACAUUUGUCAUCUGUGUCAGAAGACGUACGGCAAGACGUCCCAUCUUCGAGCUCAUCUCCGCGGACACGCUGGUAACAAGCCGUUCGCGUGCGAUUGGCAACACUGUAACAAGAGGUUCACCAGAAGCGACGAACUGCAGCGUCACCGUCGGACGCACACGGGCGAGAAGCGCUUCUCGUGCAAUCACUGCGGCAAGAAGUUCAUGCGAAGCGACCAUUUGACGAAACACGAGCGGACUCAUACGUCGUCUCGAGUCAACAAUAAUAAUAUCAAUGGACACACGCUUCGACUCUCUUAG